AUGGCUGAUGGAUCUGGACAAAGACGUCCAUGGCCUCUCUGUUCUGCGUCUACGAGUCUGAGGAGGAGUAAAGUUGGAAUUACAAGACGCCCCCUCCACAGACUGUGGAUUCAACAGAGGAAACGGAAAAGACGAAACAUAGCCUGCAAGAAGCUGUUUGCAGCUGGCAAAAAGCACCCGCCCUAUUCGGGAGAGGAAGAAGAAAAAAACUCGAGUCUGAGCGGAGAAGAGAACUGAGAACAGAGAGAGAGAGAGAGAGAAAAGAGAGUGAGAGAGAGAGAGAGAGAUGGCACCCCAACUUCCCCAGCCUCAGGUGAGGAGCAACAUUUCCAAGUUCCUCCGGAGCUUCUUGGGAAUCACCCGGAUCCUGCAGAUUGUGUUCGGAGCUGGGCUGUGGAUCACAGUCGCUGCCAACAAGUACGAUGGUCCCAUCCACUUCGUCCUGUUCGUCGCUGUCCUGUUCUGGCUCCUCACCCUCGCCCUGUUCUUCAUCACCCUCCUGGACAAGCAGAACCUGGUUCCUCUGCUGGGAGGAGAGCGCUGGCUCUGCACCAACCUGACGCACGACGUGGCCGCCGCCGCGCUUUACCUGCCGGCCAUCGGAGUCAUGUUCUACAAGACGGAGAGCUACUCCUACUGCAACCUGGACCAGUACCAGCACUUUUGCCUGUAUAAGGUCUACCUGACGGCGGCCGUGUUUGCCUGUCUGUGCUGCCUGAGCUACCUCCUAUCGAUCAUCUAUGGAGGGUGCAGGAAGAGCCGAGGAGAACAGACUGUCAUCUAACGACACUGGAUCAGGUUGAGAUGAGGGAUGGAAGAGGAGUAUCCACUACAAGAUGAGGAAUAGUUCCCUUCACUGUAAUUUUACUCAAGAACUGCCUCUACUGUCUCCCAUCGUGGCUGUUAAUUGCAUGAAAAGCAGCUCCAGGUACAAAGGUCAAGAACCCCCUGAGAGGGUUUGAUUGGUUGGAGUACAAGUCUCAGUAUUACUGCCGUUUCCAUCACAGACAAUAGUGUAAACAAUAAUGCAGAACUUUUCUUGAGAAGCAUUUUCAUAUGUAGCCUAAUGGAAAAUAACCUUAAUAUACAUUUUAACUCAGUCCUAAAUCAUCGGAAUGCUGCAGAUUUAUUAUAACAAUUAUUUUUUUAUCUUCUUACACCUUUUUUUGUAUAAUGACGUUUUCUACAGAUAGCAGACAUCGACUCACGACGCUUUUUCUUUUGUCUAUAUUGCAAACAUCCAGUUUCAGCCUUCAAGAUGGUAACAGUUGCAACCUCCUGGAUGUGAAUGGUGCUGUAUGCUGAACAAAUAUGCUCCUAAUAUAAUUUCAGAGAAUAUGAAUAAAGAUGCCCUGGUUGAGGAUCAA